AAUACAAGUCCAACAAAAGCGAGUAUAAAAACAGAGUAGCAGAACUUCGGAAAACAACCAACUCGUAGAAAGUUUGAAACGAUGGUGAGCUCGAAGACUUUCUUCGCUUUCGGAGCCCUCGCUCUGCUCUUUGCCGCGUCGGUCUUCGCAGAAGACGUCGUUGUGCUCACGGAGGAAAACUUUGAGAACCACGUCGGUCAAGAUCGGGCCGCUCUCGUCGAGUUCUACGCUCCCUGGUGUGGCCAUUGUAAAAAGCUUGCUCCAGAGUAUGAGAAGCUUGGCUCAAGUUUUAAGAAAGCAAAAUCCAUUUUAAUUGGAAAGGUGGACUGUGAUGAGCACAAGGGCAUUUGUGGCAAAUAUGGAGUUUCUGGGUAUCCCACAAUUCAAUGGUUUCCGAAAGGAUCCCUAGAACCCAAAAAGUAUGAAGGUGGCCGCACUGCAGAAGCUCUUGCUGAGUUUGUGAAUAAGGAAGGAGGGACCAACGUGAAGAUUUCUGCAGCCCCCUCCAAUGUUGUGGUCCUUACUCAGGAUAAUUUCAAUGAGGUGGUCCUGGACGAAACAAAAGAUGUGCUGGUGGAAUUCUAUGCACCAUGGUGUGGACAUUGCAAAUCCCUUGCUCCUACUUACGAGAAGGUUGCAACAGCAUUUAAGUUGGAGGAAGGUGUAGUGAUUGCUAAUCUUGAUGCUGACAAAUACAAGGAUUUAGCUGAAAAGUACGGAGUAAGUGGAUUUCCCACAUUGAAAUUUUUUCCAAAGAACAAGAAGGAGGGUGAAGAGUAUGGUGGUGGCAGAGAUUUAGAAGAUUUUGUAGAUUUCAUUAAUGAGAAAUCUGGGACUAGUAGAGAUGGGAAAGGCCAACUUACUUCCAAAGCUGGUGUACUUGCAAAUCUGAACGACUUAGUGAAGGAAUUUGUGAAAGCUGGCGAUGAUGAGAAGAAGACAAUCUUUUCCAAGAUAGAAGAGGAAGUUGGGAAGCUUGAGGGUUCUGCUGCAAGAUAUGGUAAGAUCUACUUGAAAGCUGCCGAGAACUCUUUAAAGAAAGGUGCUGAUUAUGCGAAGAAUGAGAUUCAGCGGCUUGAACGCAUACUCGAGAAGUCUGUCAACCCAACCAAGGCAGAUGAGUUCACUCUGAAGAAGAACAUCCUAUAUACCUUUGCCUCAUCAUCAUGAGGAGGCACUUCCUGUUUUGCAGGGAGGAAUCUUUAACCUAGUUUGGGGGAAGUCAUCUCCCAAAUUCUCCUGAUCUUGGGAAGAGAUAGUGUUUUCAGUGUAAUAUUUAUGCACAUCUUUUACUGAACAUUUUUGUGCGUUCAAGUCCUUAUUUGUAUUAGGGAGAAGGAUAGCCGGCAUACCAUUAACAAUAAUGUAGUGUUUUUUGGAUCGAAAAUCUUAUUUAUCGUUAACUCUGUUUUGAGUAGCGAUGCACGAAUUGAGGACCCCAAUAGUUUGUUUCAUCUGUUAAA